AUGACGGGGAACAGGAAACUUCUGUGGCAGGGCAGGCCAUGGAACCCCGCAGGCAAGCCCGCGGCCGCCGCCGGCGAGCUGCGGUGGGGCCGCGGCAUGCACGCACAGCAGUGGCGGACUGUAUUGGAACUUAGGAUGGAUGCAAAUGCACAACAUGCUUUGAUGGCUAGACAAGCAGCUGGGAUGGUUGUUGUGAUGGUGACCUUUGUAGUAAAUAGGCUUAGAAGGAUUAGUGGAGAAGAGAAUUGCAUUGGUGACAUUGAUGGCACACAUGUGUUGGCAAGGGUGCCUAGACACAUGCAACAAGCUUUCAGGGGUAGACACAAGCAUCCAACACAGAAUGUGAUGGCUGCAGUGAGCUUUGACCUAAAGUUUACAUAUGUUCUUGCUGGCUGGGAGGGCUCAGCCCAUGAUGCACUAAUCCUGGCUGAUGCCAUUGAGAGAAAUGAUGGCUUCACUGUCCCUGCAGAUGAGAUUGUACCAGUAGAGGAAGGUUUUCAUGGUGACCUGCCUGAGGAUGAUGAGGGAGAGUCUUACAAUGCUAUGUCUGAGACCAUGUUGCAAUUUGGUUAUUUCUACUUCAUUGCUUCUGGUGCAGCGGCACUUGGUCAGCCAGCACAACCUGCUUUGGUUGACCUGGAUGGGGGACCACCUAAUGGUGAGCCUGCAAUUGCUGUAGGACAGCAAGGACCCAUGAGGUGGAAUAACAACACUUCUGGUUUUGUCCUAAUGAGGAUGGCCCAGAUUGUGUCUGAGGGGUCUAGGACUGACAAGACAUACAAAGAUAAGGAUGUCAAUGCUGUAGCUAAGGCUCUUAGGGACUACAGUGGGGUUGCUGUUAGUCCAACUCAGGUGUACAAUCUUCUGAGAAAGUGGAAACAAAAGUGGGCUAAGGUAGCCAAGUUGAAGGACCUUAGUGGGGCAACAUUUGAUGAUGAUGUCCAUGCCAUAAUGCUUGAGCAGGACCACUACCUUGGUCAUUGCAAGGACCACCCUAAGGAUGCUGAAUACCUCAACACCCCCAUCAGGUUCUACAAAGAGAUGGAGGCCCUCUUUGGUAGCACUUUGGCAACUGGUAGGUUUGCCUUAGGGUCCAAUGAACCAUUGGGGGUGAAUAAUGCAGACAGUGUGGCUGCUAAGCUUGAGGGGCAGGACUUCUCUUGUGGUACUUCUGAGUUUGGGGAGGGCAGCAAGGCCACAGCACCUGUGUUUGGGGAGGGCAGCAAGGACAACAUUGUAGGGGCUAAGAGGAAGAGGGCCAACUUUAGUGAGGAAGAGAUGCUUAUGAUGACCAACAUGAUAGAUGCUGUCAACAAUGUUGCCAAUGCUAUGCUGAAAACAGGUGCUGCACAUGUCGAUCCAGACCUCUACCUUGCUGUCAUGGAGAUGGAGAUGUCUGACUUCUCCACUGAGGCCUUGAUUGUUGCCUACACCCAUCUCCUUGAGAACAAGGCUGUUGCAACUGGUUUUGUCAACAUGCCCACCCCCCAUAGGGCCAUAUGGCUGAGGACCUACCUGGCCAAGAACUACUAUUUGUAG